AUGGAGAUCGACCUUCGUAUGGAUAAUGGUGAAUGGUUUGUAAAAGAUUUUUUGGACGAACAUAACCAUCCACUCGCUAAGCCUGAGCAGACAACUUACAUAAGGUCACAUCGUGGGCUGAGUGACGUGCAAAAGGCUGAUGUCAUUGAGUAUGGAAUUGGUGGCCUUCGAACACAUCAAAUAAUGGAAGUAAUGGAGAAGGAUAGUGGUGGUUUCAGCAAGGUAGGCUUUAUACCUCGGGACCUGUAUAAUUUUGUUGCCAAGUACAAGAAGGAAAGGAUAGAAGGCCGUGAUGCCGAAUUUGUGCUCCGUUAUAUGGCAGCCCGAAAGGACAUGGAUGGCGAAUUUUUUUACAAGUACACCACUGAUAGUGAAGGGCAUCUGCUGAACAUCUUUUGGGCAGACGCACAGUCUCGGAUUGACUACGAUGCCUUUGGUGGCGUCGUGAUCUUUGAUAGCACUUACCGUGUGAACAAAUACAACCUGCCAUUUGUCCCCUUCAUAGGAGUGAAUCACCAUCGCAGCACGACCGUGUUUGGCUUCGGUAUUGUCUCAGCUGAGACCGAGGCAUCUUUUGUGUGGUUGCUUGAAGCAUUUUUGGAGUCAACUCAGCAGAAACAUCCUAGAUCAGUAAUCACAGAUGGUGACCAUGCAAUGGCGAAGGCAAUAGCGGCGGGUUUUCCCAAUACAGAUCACCGAUUGUGCAGCUGGCACAUCGAGCAAAACAUGAUAUGA